GUUUUUAAAUAAUUUUUUUAAAAAAAUUAAAUAAGACACGUGAUUAAAUUUGGACACGUAAACUAGGGAGGGAGUACUUGCUUAUAAACCCUUCCUUCGCUAGUUCGCUUCAGUCUUCGCCUCGCCACCGUCGAGCGAGGCAGGCAGCGGCGAUGGACCUCGACGCCGACAUGAUCCCCUCCUCCCCCUCCGCCGACUACUCCUCGCCCUCCUCCUCCGAUCUCGACACCGAGUCGACGGGGUCGUUCUUUCCCGACCGGAGCACGACGCUGGGGACGCUGAUGGGCGUGUCGGCGUUCGGCGGCGGCGGGCAGCGUCGCGCGGCGAGGACGCCGGCGAGGACGGAGAGGGAGAGGGCCCCGCUUGCGGCGCGACCGGCGGGGGAGGAGGAGGAGGGGAGGCGCGCGGGCGGGUGGCGGCGGCGGCGGAGGAGGCGCCAGCGCCGGGGCAGCCGCAGCCUCGGCGGGAGCUGGUGGCGGCUCUGCCGCGACGACGCCGGUGGGCCGCCGACGUCGCUGGGGGAGUUCCUCGACAUGGAGAGGCAGCUCGCCGGCGCGGACUUCCUCUGCGACGGCGUCGGCGGCGGCGGCUCGGAGCGGGAGGCUGCGGCUGCGGCUGCAGCGGCGGCGGCCGUGUCGGCCACCGCGCUGUUCGAGGACGGGAGGGUGCGCCCACCGCAGCCGCAGCAACCCGCCGCCGAAGAGCGUGGGCGGUGGCGUCUGCAGAGAGCGACGGAGGGCUCCUCCUCCUCCUCCUCCGCCGGCGCCGCCGCCUCCUCGUCAUUGGCGAGGCUGCCGGUGUUGCUCACCGGCAUCUGCAGCGGCGGCGCCGGGUAGCGCCGGUCGGGGGUCAUUCUUGUAAUUAAGCAGCUGUCGAGGGGUGAUUAUGUGAAAGUGGAGUGAACGCUUCUUUCUUUUUUCUCUUCCUCCCAUGGAUUCUUUUGCUCUUGUCCUCUUCUGUUCCUUUUCUUGUUUUUUCAAGGAAUGAUUACUAUUUUGCUUUGGACCUUUAGCUCAGUACAAACUUGUUUAUGCCCUACCCCUUUUGCUUACCCUAAUCUAUUCUGCACAGGAAUAAAACAAAACAUAGUGAAAGCCA